AAUGUAACAAGAAUCCCUCCCAUUCCCUAGUCAUUAAAUCAAGCGAAGGACGACCCAAAUCUGCAACUGCAAAACCCAUGUCCAUUGAAGUCGGCACGACACGAGGCGCCGUUUUCCUAUUGAUUUAUUGAUUUCUUCUCGUUGUAACGUCUUUCUGGAGCAGCACUUGAAUCCGAAGUAGUUCGAUCUGUUGUUUACUUGAAAUCAUGGUGAAAGCCGUGGUUGGAGAGGAAACACAACUCCAGCUAGCCGAGGAUCGUCUCGCCCAAUCUUCAAUUCCCGCCCAGGUUGGUCUGGUGAUAGGGAAACUCAGCUCCACUCUCGACCGAGGCUUCGUGUUCGAUUUAGUACCCACUCCUCAAAACGAUGCUGGACAACCAGCUUGUUCGAUUUUGGAGCCAGCUAAAGACAAUAGGAAAAAGGGUUCGAAACCCAAAUCUCAGACAUCCGAUUCUUCCUCUUUGGUCAUUGACAAGGAUUGGGUCGCUGAACAUGCUCGCCAAGUGUCAAGAAUGAUGGUGGGUGGAAUCAAAGUAGUAGGUAUUUAUGUGUGGGCUAGUGAGGCCGCGUUCAAGAAUUCUACCAUGGUGCUUUGCCAGACUGUGAAAGGAGUUGCAGAAGCAGCAUCCUUUUUGGGGGAUGGCCUUGAUGAAAGAUUGCUUAUUCACAUAUGUUAUAGUCCAAGGAGAUGGACAUGUCGAAAUUGUACAUUGUCCUCAAAUAUCACAUCAAGCAGCUUGCGGCCUUGUGACUUCAAAAUGGGAAGGGUCUUAAAUUCCCUUCAAACUUUUAAGUGCUUGUACAACUUUGAUCUUAGACUGCCAAUAUAUCAAGAAAAAAUAUCAAAAUCUGAGACGUUUAGUGAUGUUCUCAGUAAUGGAAUUUCAAUUUAUGCAAAAGAGCUGCAAGUUGCAAAAGCCAUGAUUGAUGGAAACCUGGUUGUUAAUGAUGAGACAUGCAUAACGGAUGGUUUGCACGAAGUUGAAUUGCUUCUACCAUUCAUGAAGGAUAUCUAUAUUGAAGCAUGCAGCCAGAAAGAUGUUAUAGGUGUUGUCAAAUUUAGUGGCUCUGUAUGUUCCUUUUCAUUCUUGAAUUCCAAGGAACCAAUUUCACAAGCUGUUACUGAUAUAAAGGAUGACAUCAUCAGGAGUUUGCAAAACAGGUUGGAUAUCAUUUGUGAUGAAGCAGAUGAAGAUCUAGGGCCACCUGAUGAUGGAAUUAGGGAAGCAAGCGAUGACUCAUCAUCUGAAAAGCCAAUUUCCCAACUUGUUUUGUGUUCUUUGAGGAAAAUUUGCAAUUUUUCAUUACCUCGGAGGGUCUUUGUUCCUUGGUUGGCGGGUUUAUUUAUCUGUGACCAUCUACAAUCAUCUGAGACGCUCGAGGUUGUAAAAGAUCAUUGUGUUGAGUUGAUGUCCAUGGAAGUUCCAAAUGAUGCCUCAACAAUCUUGGAACCUGAAGAAGAAGCCCUCAGAGUGAUCACUAGAUCUUUCUGGGAUGUAGUCCUCCCCUCCUCUUCACCACCUAGCCCUUCACAAGAAAAGGGUGGAGAAAUUACCAGCACAGAAAAUAGCCAGAAAACUAUCAAGGCACCCUAUGUCAACUUCAUCCCUGCUGUUUUCGUCCUCCUCCUCUCGGUUUUAGUAGGUUACAUGCUUGUCAGGAACUCAUACUAAUAUGGAGUAUUCUGGGAAUCAUAUCAAGUAGUGUUCGAUUUAAGUUUCGAAUUGUUGUCAAAAUUAAAAAAAAAAAAAUAAAUAAAAGAAAAAUUUGUUCUCACAAUGUGGACUCGUUUGAAAGAAAUGGCUAUUGUAUUAAGAUGAGAAAAUGUCCAUUUGAGUUUUCUUUCUUUUGUCCUAAUAAAAAAUGUUGUUGCUAGUUUUAA